AUGCGUUCCACUUACCUUUUCUUGUCUGUGGCUACUCCAUUAGUCUCGGGCUUUGUUAUCCCCGAUGAGAGCAUCCUUGCAGAAAUAGUCUCUGAGACUCGCCCAGCCGCGAGUGGUCAUGUGUCUAAAAUAGAUGUUGAUAUGAGCCUGCUGGGAAUCUCUCCGGAUAGACGUAGAGGCCUGGGAAGAGGUGGGGACUGGCAUGAUGGCGAUGAACAUCCUAGGCACGGCGAUUGGCCAGGCCAUCGAGGUCAUGGAGGCCGAGGAAGACAUGGAGAAUGGCCUGAUGAUGAAUGUCCCGAGCAUGGCGGUUGGCCCGGAUACGACCAAGAUCCGCACGGGAGAUGGCGGCCCGGUGACGAGGAACGGCCCGGGUAUGGAAGAAGACCCGGUCACGGAGGAUGGCCUGAUGGCGAAGACAGAUACCGACGAAUCGACACCUGUCCAGGCUCGCUUUGCCGCGCAGACAAGACAACAUGGGAGCUCAUCAAAGAAAACGAGCAUACAUCCCGCCUCGCAGAGCUCAUCGCUGGAAAUAAAGACCUGAUCGAGAUCCUGAAUAGCACGACGGCAAACCACACCUUUUUUGCACUGACGAACUAUGCCCUAGAGGGUCUUCCACAAGGGAAACAUGGCCCCAGUGCCAAGUUUAUCACCAGCUUGCUGCAGUAUCAUAUCCUGCCUGGUCGAUUAUCCAUCCACCAUAUCGCGGGCCACCAGACAUUACCGACGAAGCUGAAAGAGUCGACUCUGGAAUCAAAGUUGCCACAGAGGAUUGUUGUCCGAGAACACCGCGACGGAGUGGUGUUGAAUGAGAGAAGUAGGGUUUUUGGAGCUGACAUGAAAUCCAAAAACGGUAUAAUCCACAUAAUAACCAGUCCCCUGCAUCCACCCCCAGAGACACGCACAUUGCUGCACCACGCACCAGCCCACUUCAGCACCUUCACGUUGGCCCUGGCACGCACAAAGCUCACCUACAGCCUUGACCCAGCGCAGCGACAAGGCGGUACGACCUUUGCACCCACGAACGCUGCCUUUAGACGGCUCGGGGAGGAUGUUAAUCGCUUUCUUUUCUCGGAGAAGGGCGAGAAGUGUUUGCAUGCGUUGAUGCAGUAUCAUAUUGUGCCGAAUCGGACGCUGUACUCGGAUGUGUUGUAUAGUCAUAAUGGGAAGGCCCAUAGGUUGUUUUCUGGUCAUGGGAAUGGACAUGGACAUGGGCAUGAGGGUGAGUGUGUGGAUGGGCCAGAGGAAGACUCCGCUAAAGUGCAGCUUGUGACUUUGUUGAAGGGGAAGGAUGUGGGAGUUGAUGUCAAGAGGGUGUUUGGUGAGGUUGAUAUGUGGGUUAAUGGGUUUAGUAAGUCUGGACGAUUGGAUUUGCUAGCAAGCGAUGGGGUGGUGCAUGUUUUGGAUCGAGUAUUGGUCCCGCCGAGGAAGAUUCAGGAUAAAGAUAUCUCUGAAGAUGAGGAAGAACUGAUGAUUGAGGAGCUUAUGGAGAGGUUGAAUGGUUGUGUUUAUGGGGUGACUCGUGAACUGUGA